AUGGAUCAAAACCACUGGAAUUAGAAGUCCUCAGUCCAAGAAUUCGGAAUUGAUAAGAAUGUUCAAUAACAAAUAGCCCCACCUCAAGCCCAACUAAUUAGAAGAGUGUCGAAACGUAAUAUUGCAAUUAAGCCAACUCAGGAGAGUGGUUUGACCCAAAUCUUUGAAACAUUCCAUCCUGAACAAAAGAAUCAAGCAUUAGAUGAUAUCAAAUUUAUCAUAAAAUGCUUUUAAGGUCAUUUUGUAUUUAGCUCAAUGACUGAAACAUAAUUGUAAAUGUUAAUAUGCUAACCAAAGGACUCAAUUAGCUCAUAGCAUGUUUUAUUGUAAAUUAUCAGUUGGCUAAACAAUCAUUCGUCAGGGAGACGGAGCAAGCUCGUUUUUCAUUUUGGAAAAAGGAAAGAUUAAUGUUAUAGUGGAUAAUGUACCGCGAAAAGAAAUAACACCAGGACAAGGCUUUGGUGAAUUAGCAUUAUUGUACAAUGCACCAAGAUCUGCGACUUGUAUGGCAGUUGAAGAGUGUUACCUAUGGGGAAUCGACAGGCAUACCUUUAGAAAAAGUGUUGAAACCAUUAUGAGAAGCGAGUAAGAGAAGAAUCGUAAAUACCUGGAAAGUGUUAAAUUCUUUAGUAAUAAUAAUCAUUCUACUUUUAGAUUAAUUAACAAGAGAGUAGAAAGAUGCAGUAGCUGGAGUCCUGAUAUCUUAAAAAUUUAAUGCUGGUGAAAUUAUUGUCAAUGAAGGAGAUUAAGCUAGCUCUUUUUAUAUCAUAGUGGAGGGACAAUGUGGAGUAUUCAAUAAGGAUGGAUAACAAAUCUCAGUGCUCAAUCCUAGUGAUUCAUUUGGUGAGUCUGCUCUUAAGUAGGAGCAUCAAGUGAGAAUGAUGACUAUCAAAGCAGUCUAAAAGGAUACUAAAGUGUUGGCUUUAGGAAAAGAUAUGAUUUAAUAGAUCUUGGGAGACUAGGUUCAAACUAUCAUUUAUAAAAACAUUUGUAAAUGGGCUCUCAAUUCAUCCAAGUUGUUUAGCAAAACUCCCCAUACUUAUUAAGAUAAAUUACUCGAAGGUGUGUAAAUAAGAAAGUUUACUGCCAAUUCCAAAAUUAUUUAGAAAGGAGACAAAGUUGGUCAAUUAGUCAUACUCUUAGAUAGUGAUGCUGUUGAUGAAAAUAAAGUUAAAUUUGUUAAGGGAUCGAUUCUCUUUGAAGAUUCAUUAUAAGAUAAAUUGUCAGGCACUACUCAUUUAAAGACUAUUUCUAUUGAAGCAGAAGGACAUGUAGCAAUAAUUGAUUAUGAAGCAUUUAGAAAGCAAUCAGGAAGUGUUGAAAAAAUACAAUAAGGAAAGGCAUAGCAAUAAGAAAAAUCGAAUGCUCAUGAAGAAUAAAUUAAGAGUCAACCAUUCAAAAAUUUGGUCUAUCUCAAUAAACUUGGCUCAGGAUAAUUUGGAUCUGUCUAUUUAUGUAAAUUUAAAGAAUUAGAAACCUUAUUUGCUCUCAAAUAUGUUACAAGAGCACAUGUCCAGUAAUUCGGAAUAUAAAAACAUAUCCAAUAAGAAAAGGCUGUUUUAGAAUUGAUGGAUAAUCCAUUCAUUCUUAAAUUCUACAGAUCCUAUAAAGAUAAUGAAAACAUUUACUUUUUGACGGAAUACAUAGCAGGAAUGGAAUUAUUUGAUGCCAUCAGAGUUAUUGGUAAAAUAUUCAAUUACCCUAGGAUUAUUAAGCAAAUUCGAUGCUCAAUUCUAUGCUUCUUAAAUGAUAUUACAAAUGGAAUAUCUCCAUACUUAACAUAGCAUAGUGUAUAGAGAUAUUAAACCAGAAAAUCUUAUGGUUGAUGAUAAAGGAUAUCUUAAACUAAUCGAUAUGGGAACAGCUAAGUCUUUUAAAAAUUAAUGUAUAUUUAGAUAUUAUUGUAGAAUCUACUAAGACAUUUACGAUUAUUGGUACUCCACACUACAUGGCCCCAGAAGUAAUUUCAGGAAAAGGUUAUGGUUACUUUGCUGAUUUAUGGAGUGUAGGAGUGUGUGUAUAUGAAUUUAUUUGUGGUGGAUUACCAUUUGGAGAAGAAGCUGAGGAUCCAUUUGAAAUUUAUAAAGAAAUCAUAAAGAAACCAAUCAGUUAUCCCCAUUUUAUGUCUGACAAAUCUGCAAAACCAUUUAUAGAACAAUUAAUGAACAAGAUCCCAGAAGUCAGACUCGGAGGAUCAUACUCUACUCUUAAAUCUCAUGUUUGGUUUAAGGAUUAUGAUUGGGUAUUCAUAAUAUUCAUUUCUAUUCUAGGAGAAACUAUUGAAUAAGAGCUUGAAGGCACCAUUGUUACCAGGAAAAGACAAGGUUAUGACACCCGCUUAGAUUCAGAGUGCAUAACAACGAGCUAUCUCUGUUUUUGAUUAAAUAUAGAAGGAUACCUAAGGGUAGAAGAAAGUCCUAGCAAGUGCAAAGGAUGCUGAAUGGGAUAGUGUAUUUUGAA